AGCUUCGUUUACAACAGUUAUAUUUGAGUCCGUGUACUGAAAGUCCGUGUACUGAAAUGGUAAGAACAUAUAAAAAGAAACGUAAGUUCUUUGGGAAUCAACAUGUUGAUUCAAAACCCAUUAAAGUAAAACGAAAUUCGACUGAAAAUCGCAGUGGAGGAAGCAUGCCACAGCCACAUGUUACACAUGACGUCCAGGAAGGUGAAGGUUUCGGGAAGCCAAGACAAUCGGCCUCAGCACGAAAGAUUGGUGAAGUUCCCCAACCUACAGUGGGUCAAGAGGAAUUAAAUGGUUAUCGAUUCAUAGAUAUUACGAUACUGA